AUGACUGAGAAGAAGAUGACUCGAACCCUCAAGUCUGUUACAGCCCCGAAAACCAAGAGACUCUGCAAUGGGACAGUCAAAGAGCCUAAGGCGCAAGAAAAGAAAGAGCCAGAUGUAGCCAGCAAAAGGACGAACAGCAAUCCAACGCCUAAUGUCCUAGUCAAGAAAGCAAAACUCUCAGAGGAAGAAAGAAGUUCCACCGUUACAGAGAGUAAGAAAUCAAGCCCUAAGAUAAGUGAUAAGGCUGUUGGAAGCAUCAACGCUGGCCAGAUGGCAGAGUCGACCACUGCAGUCAAAGAUCCAAGCAGUCACCAGGCAGGCUAUAUGCAUAUUAGUCAGUAUGACGCUCAGCACUGCAGUGGGCCUGCCGCUCCUGUCGCUCCCUUUGGUGCUCGACCUGAAGCUCAGCACUACGUUCCGCCCGUGGGACAAUUUGCCGGCAAUCAACAUGUCGCACCCUUUGUCAGGCAUCCUGAAAGUCCAUUUGGUAUACAUGCAGGCAUCCAAACCGCCACCCACCCCGGUAUCCGUCCUCACAUCCAUAAUAUGCAGUACAGUACCCAGCGGCCAAACCCCUACACGGAAGCAUUCUUCAGAGACAUGGCAUGGACGGUCACGCAGAAUUUCCCGUGGGAGUUGUUUGCUCAAGAACAUGGCUGUACAGUUCCCGAGGUUUCUGUGGCAUUUUGCGCGCUAGUCUUUGCCAUCCUCGGAGACCCCGAAUUCAUCUGGAAGAAGGAAGAGCAUCUCACCACAGCUCAAUUCGGUAAUAUGAUGAUUCGUGAAUGGUGGAAGCAUUACUUGAGCGUGUUAAAACCAAGAGGACGCAUGUACCAGAUGAUGCAGCCUCCCACCCGAACGACCAUUUUCACUCCAAGCCAAGGGACGUGGCCACAGGCACAGAUGGGCGAGACUCCGUCAAGGGUGGUAGAUCAGCCCCUUCACCAAAAUUCAGCGCUCGGAAUUUCUGAACGCUUAUUCCUGGAGGAGACAUGGGAAGAGCUGCAUGCAAAGAUUAAGGAGGAGGUUGAGAUGGUGGAGUGUCGAUGGCUGGAGAACAGGAGCCGCCGUUAA